UUAGCUUCAGUCUCGUCGUGGCAUGAUGAUUAUUAAUAUCAUCGCGAUCCUGCUACUUGCAGGUGUAGUUUUUUCUUCCACACCAAUCCAAGGAUCGAUAUCGAUAAUAAAUGACAAUAUGAUAUUGAUUGAUUUACGUGCGAAUAAUUCAAACGUCAGCGAUGACCUUAAUGAAAUGAUUGAAAAAUUACGAGAAACAGAGAAACCGUGGGUUCGUAUGACAAUCGAUCUAGGAAAAAAAGUCGAGAUUAAUGGUAAAACUGACCUUGAACAGGAGUAUACCAAGGCGGGAAAUGACAUUGAAAAUAUCUUGCGACACGUGAUAUUACUGAUGCAAGAGCGUGGUAACAAUAAAAGGCUAAAUCAGAAUUCAAUUGCAUACGAGUUUUUGCACCAUGUUAUUAUGCUUCAAGAAUUACAAGAAUCUAUAAAUCUCGAUAAAAACGAUUUUGUAUUUUCUUGGAUGCUGUAUAAUCUUGAAUUUGCAUUGGAAAUGAAAAGAUUAAUUUCAAGAAAUGAUCUGUCUUUUGACUACGCCAAGUCGGUUGAAUACAUCUUAUCGCGCUUAAUCAAGUUGUUUUGUAUGAAAUGGCGACAAUUGCAUGAUGAUCUCAAUUACAUUUCACGAUGGAGAUCCUCCAAUUUAAAAAGACAAAUAGAAUCUCUUUUAAAAAAUAUGACUGCAGAUAAUCAACGACUACAUGAGAAAGCGAAAGAUGAUAAAUAUGUUUUUGAAGAUGGAAGCAACAGUGAAAUGAUCAAUAAUAAAAAGAUCAAGAUUGAGGAAGCAACGUUAAUUAAACAGAAUAAAGAAAAUCUUACUGAAACUAAUAAGACUGAAACAAGUGAAUCAUCGGAACAUAUAUGGAGUGAUCGUGUAACAUCUAAAAUAGAAACACAAGCUGUAAGUCGUCCAGAAUUAACAACACAUAUCGAAGAAUAUAUUAACGAUAACAAUCUUACUUCUAUUGCACCCGACCAGAAAUUUAUAUCUAAUAUGUCUGCUGAUGUUAAAGAUCAUACCAAUAGUACAUUUUUUUCUAAGAUAACACUUCGAGAUGAAGAUGUCAAGAAAAAAACUUCUUUAAAGCCAUCAGGAAAAUUUAUAGAUAUUCUACAAGAACAGAUGAAAGAACAAGAUGAAAAACAGUUUAGUCAGUUAAACAAUAUUUCCUUAAAUUUGCCAACCAUUACAAGCACUUUGGAAAAGACUGAUCAAUCGAAACGUAUUGGAACAUUGCAUGAAUCAAUACGACGAAAAAACGGCAUCCGAAAGACUUAUUCUCGAAGGACACUUCAAACUCUCGUUCCUUCCAAUAAAAUCGUAAAACGGAAAAAUAGAUACAUGCCAACGGGAAAAAUCGCUGACAAACAUCGUUAUAUUAAUGAGAGAAUGAAGAUGAAAAAUGCCUCGGCGAUAGACGAGAUUCUAGAGGCAGUCGAUGAAGUCUUGACAACGGAUAAGUCUGUGGAAGUGUCGUGAAAAGAAUCGAACACGAUUUUCGGUAUAUUCUAAUUUCAAUCAAGAAUUAGAGAGAAUUAGAAGAGAAUGUGAACAGAAUUUCGGGGUUUAGGAAACAAUAUAAAGUCCAAAAUCAGUACAUAAGACUCUCUAAGACGUCUUUUAAAUGCCUUUCUCGCAAAAAUGUUGUUAAGGCAUUUUUUAGACGUCUUUAAGAUGUCCCGAUUUUGGUCUUUAUGGUACCUGGGGAAAUAUGUGUUGACAACGUGUAAUUGCGUUAUACAAUUGAAGCCAUUAAUGGCUGUAGCUAUUAAAUUUUAAUUGUACAAUCAAGUUUUUCAGCUUACUAAUGCAUUUAACAUAAGAAUUUUAUUUCGUCUCGAAAAUUAAUGUAUACAUCAAGUCCGUGUAUUAACUUUCUAGUGCGCCUUGAGAUUUCUACGUAUGUGUGCGCGCGUAUGUGGCCAACGUUGCACAACGCUAAAUAUAUGUUUGAUACAUUUUUACUUUGUUCAUAGAAAACUCUAAUUUUAAGAAAUCUAAUCGAAUAUUUGGCUAAUAGCACGAAAAAUAGCUUUGCGACAGAAUGCAAUGAAAUACUUUAGAAAUUAAACACAAAUAGUAAAAGGCAUUAUAAUGAUUCUAACAGAUCUCGAAAGAUUUUCUUCUGAAUGUUCAUUAGAAAGUUAUACGAUUAUCCUAUCGUGGAUUUUGCAAGCGGCGGCAAUUUAAGCAAUCGGUGAAUGUACGCGGAAAAGUGCGUGACGACAGUUUCAGGCAAUUUCCAACAUGUCGAAGGAUGAAGAAAUUAGUAUCAGGUUGGCGCGAAGGAUAUGUAGGUCUAUCGAAUAACAUUAAAAAUCAUGCAAAUAAUCGCAAGCAUUAAUCAAUAGCGACUCAUUUGUUUUCGAUUCUAGAGAGUUCUAGAGAACCGUUGUCUUCUCAACGACUUCUUUUUACAAACUCAUUGUUCGUUUACAACUCGAAGCAAAAAUGAAUAGGAAGACGAUUAAUCUUUUGUGUUAAUUUUGUAUGUAUAUAAUAAAUAACAAUUACUUACAUA